CUUCGAAGGCUAUUUUAUUUACCUAGCAACCAUUUAUACCUUCCGGAAGCUAUGGACCAAGCGCUAGUAGUACCCUUGAUUGCUAGGAACAUACUUUCUCAUCUUACAAAUGACAGAAUCCACUCUUUGGCAAAAACCCCAGACCCAUCAGAUAUUCGGGAAAAGUACAUCCUGGCAAGCACAUGUAGAAUGUGGAGAGAAAUCCUGCGCCCUCAUAUGUAUGACCAUUUCUAUUAUAAAUUCUCGCAUAACCGCAGGCAUACCCCCAGAUAUUCUGCCGACCAGCGGGAUCUUGCGUCAACCUCACAAUGGGGCACGUAUUAUUCAACAAGCACGCAGUUUUUAACAUACGACCAGCAACAUAAUUAUUUCCAGAAGCCACGAAAGCAUGCACCACUGCCGAUAACAACGACUACGAUGUUAGAUGGUUGUCUCCUGUGCCAGACGAAUGCCAGAAUCCUCCCCGAAUAUGCUCAGCCAAGGCAUAUCACUCUUCAUCUGAAUGCUUCCUCUAUCAUCACGUUGGAUUUCGUGAAUGAGCUAACCCAGAGUGUUUUCCCAAAUACCAGCUGGCCAUUGGCCCGGGGACUGACUAUCAUGUCCGAGACCCCUUUUGAACAUCGUGUCCCAAUCGAAGAACUGGUUGGCGCUCUUGUGUCACGGUUCCUUAGCAUCGUCUCGAUUACUCUAAGGCCAAGCGACAGGGGUCCGUCUAGGGCUAGCACGAUAAGCGGGCUGCAUGGGCAUUCAGAUAGGAUUACUGCCUUGGAUCUUGGGUCAAAUUUCAUGAUGUUCGAUUUGAAUAGCCUCCGGCUUCGGUCAUUAGCCAGCCUGUCGCUGCAAUAUGACCGGGCUCAUACUCCAGAACGUCUCCCUGUGAUUAACCCACGCAAGGUCAAACACUUGAAGCUCGUUGACAUCCACGCAGACAUGUUCUUUGGCAGGUUCGACGAGGACGCAGUCGAGGACACUGUUGUAUUUUCUCAGCUCGAAACCCUUGAUAUCAAAUUUUUUGAAGUUAGGAGUGCAGGUAGAGGACAAGCGAGGAGCAUAAAGUACCGCUUCCCCAAGCUUCGCCACCUCGCUCUUGACUCUGAAUCGUACGACGCGUUCGAUGUGCACUCGAUGAUCCAAGGUUCACCGCUUGAGUACCUGAAGCUCAUUGGUGAUGACGAUUGUUUGCACCAACUCGAUUUGUCACUAUUUCCAACUCUAGCUUAUGCAACUAUACUUGAAGGCACGACAAGGCGACCACGACUUAGCUCGGUCGAUAUCAGCAGGAAUCUCAUACGCCCCGAGUCCAAAAUCCGUGAGCUCACAUUGUGUUCAGUCGACCAAGCAUCCCUGUUGGGGCAUGAACUCGGCUGUAAGUCGCUUCGUCAUCUUGAAAUUAACGAUGACAUUGGGUUUGGGCUACUCAAACAUAUCGUCCAGCAACUGCCAAUACUCUUGGCUCUGGAUGUGCUCUUUCCGCUUACAAGCUGUGAGGAUAUGAUUACCCAACAGGUUAUUUGGAGAGCAGUGAUCACCGCGCCAUCGACACCACUGAACAGCUCGCUCCAGAUCCUAACUCUUCGCGACAGCUACCAAGAGCAACUUGGUGUAGAUGGUCGUGAAAUCCAACCCAAAUACUACAGCACAGACGUUGUCUCACUUAUCGUCAUGCUUGUGAGGAUUCCGCUGCUUCGCAGAAUGACAUUUUUUGAAAAAGUCCAUGGGAAGGACGAAGCGCUCAUUCGGAAUACGUUUACAGAUCCGGUUAUCCAAGAUGAUGCGCCCCAUUUUAGGGAUACUGCUUUUAACAUAGUUUACACUACUCAGAGGUAGCUUCGAUGCCGUUUCUCUAUUUAGGACAUUAAGACCACUGCUAGAA